UGGGUGGCGUCAAUCAUUAGCACAAGCUAACGGCAGCAUGUAACGCUAAUAAAGUAGCAGGCUAUACUCCUGACCAGUCGGUAUGGUUAAACAUUAAACAAGUGUGCCAUCUAGCUUACAAACCGCUUUUUGCACCAUAAUGCCACACGUGAAAUAACGGUGUCGUUUCAUAACGUUAGCACCGGUAGCGUUAACAUGAUCAGCGUAUUGGGCGUUAUUAACCCGCGCAGCUUUGCGCGUCUCGUUCAAAUAACUUUUAUUAAAGCGUUCAGCGUAAACACAAGCAGAUGCUUCUCAAAGGGCGUCGAAUCUGACAGCGACAUUAGGAAGUUCAUAGUAGACAAUACGGAGAUAGUUGGAGAUAAAAGCUUGACGCCAGAAAUUAAAUUGAGAUUGUUCACUCCAAACUGUACGUUCUGGGACGCAAGGCCGGAGAUUUGGCCCUUUUCUGACCCAUUCUGGGCAAUAUACUGGCCAGGCGGACAAGCACUUGCACGGUACCUUUUGAAUAACCCUGGAGUCUGUGAGGGCAGGAGCGUACUGGAUCUGGGGAGCGGCUGUGGGGCCUCAUCCAUAGCUGCUAAACUAUGUGGUGCUGUUCAUGUAAUAGCUAAUGAUACUGACACUGUUGCCAGCAUUGCAACCCACAUAAACUGUGAACUGAACAGCCUGGAGCCAGUUGUUUGCGUUAAUGACAAUAUGAUUGGUUUUGAGCCUGAACACUAUGACCUCAUUCUCUUGGGAGAUAUGUUCUAUGAGGAGGCCCUCGCAAAUAGCCUUCACAGCUGGUUGGAUCGCUGCAUCAAAUCCCAUGGUACGCAAGUCCUGAUUGGAGAUCCUGGUAGAGCCCAAUUUGAGGGACAUAGCAUCAAAAGGCUCCUGCGUCAACUGGUCCAAUAUGACCUGCCUGAAUCAGUUCAAGAAGAGAACUAUGGCCUGACCUGUAGCUCCGUUUGGCGCUACUAUCCUGAACUUUAAACAAUGGAGGGGACCUUGUCUUUGAUUCCUGAAUGCAAUCAUUUCAGCAUUUUCAGCACAUUUACCAUGUUAAAUAUAAGUACCAGCACAACUGUGCAAGGUAUCAUUCUUCUGGAAAGACCCUCUGGUAUUAGUUUUUUCAUUGAAGCAC